AUGAAGAGUUUUGUAAGCAAACCAAUAUUCUUGGUUUAUGCAUAUCUCCUUAUUGUGGUUCUUGUUUUAAACUCAAGGCCAGCAACUUCUUGGUUAGAAGUUGAGAACCAGGAAGAUUUUAGUUAUGUAACAGGGAGCGGAAACGGACCAGAGAACUGGGGAAAUCUUCGUCCAGAAUGGGCAAAAUGUAAGAAUGGAACCCAACAAUCCCCAAUAAACUUGGAUUUUAGCAAGAUGCAAUAUGCUCCAGAGUUGGGUGAUUUGCAAAUGAAAUAUACGCCAGCAUCUGGAAUCCUAAAGAAUAGAGGCCAUGAUAUCAGUCUUCAGUGGGCUGUUGCUGGAGAUGCUGGAUCCAUUCAAAUAGAUGAUACUACCUAUGUGCUUGAUCAAAUUCAUUGGCACUCACCUUCCGAGCACACUGUCAAUGGAAGAAGGUUUGCUUUGGAGCUACAUAUGGUUCAUAAAAAUGUGGAACUUAAAAAGGUUGCUGUGGUUGCGGUUCUAUACUCUCUUUCUAUUUUCAAAGACCCAUUUCUUUCCAAGUUGGAGGCCAACAUAAGGGAUAUAUCCGGUACUGGGGCGAGUGAAGUGAACAUAGGUCCGGUUGAUCCAAAUGACAUUGAUAUGAGUGAUAGAAAAUAUUACAGAUACUUGGGUUCUCUCACAACUCCUCCUUGUGACGAUGGGGUUAUUUGAACCAUCAAGAGAAAGGUGAUGCCUGUCAGGAUAGACCAAGUAAUGUUAUUGAGAAGUGCCGUUCAUGAUGGAAAUGGGAAUAACGCAAGACCAUUGCAGCCUCUAAAUAACCGAGACAUCCUCUACUACUCUGCAUUACCAACAUCAGCACUGGUAGACAGU